CAGCGGAGAUUAGAGGCUGCAGCCUUUCUGAUUGGCUACUGCCUUUUGGCCUUCAGCAUAAAAUUGCAGUGCCAAAUCGUCGUCAUGAUCUAAACCAUGGCCAUCCUCUGGAUCGUUUCCAGCCUUGCAUUCAUCAGCACCGCCUAUGGCUGCGGUGUCCCUGCCACCCCCCCCCGCGUGACUGGCUAUACCCGCAUUGUGAAUGGCGAAGAAGCGGUGCCCCACUCCUGGCCCUGGCAGGUGUCUCUGCAGCAAUCUAACGGCUUCCACUUCUGUGGAGGAUCCCUGAUCAACGAGUACUGGGUGGUGACCGCUGCUCACUGUAACGUCACGACCUACCACCGGGUUAUCGCUGGAGAGCACGACAAGAGCUACUAUUCCAAUGAAGAUGUCCAGGUGCUGAAGCCUGCCCAGGUGUUCAACCACCCCAACUGGAACCCCUCCACCAAAAACAACGAUAUUGCCCUCAUCAAGCUGGCCACCCCCGCCCGCCUGGGCACCAACGUGUCCCCCGUCUGCCUCGCCGAGUCAUCUGACUACUUCGCCCCCGGCUCCACCUGUGUGACCUCCGGCUGGGGUCUGACCCGCUAUAAUGCUCCCAAUACUCCCAAUAACCUGCAGCAGGCCGCUUUGCCUCUGCUCUCCAACAGUGACUGUAAGUUGCACUGGGGUAGCAAAAUCUCUGAUAUCAUGAUCUGCGCUGGAGGAGCUGGAGCUAGCUCCUGCAUGGGUGACUCUGGUGGCCCUCUGGUCUGUGAGAAGGACAACGUCUGGACUCUAGUGGGUAUUGUGUCCUGGGGAAGCUGGCGCUGCUCCACCAGCAUCCCAGGCGUCUACGCUCGCGUCACCGAGCUGAGAGGAUGGGUGGACCAGAUCCUCGCUGCCAACUAAAUGCUGAGAUGCUAGGAUGGAGCCAGUAGGGCAACUUCAGUAAAAAUAAGUGACUCUGUUUGUUUCAUUAGUUAUUUCCAAACAUGACCUGGAAUAAUAUGACUUCAAUACUAUAGUGUUCAAAUGCAAAAAUGUAUUUCAAUAAAAUGUUAACAUUUUAUAUCUGAAA